UUUAGUUCUACUUGAAUCGUUUUCUCAGUCACAUAAUGAAGUUUCUGUUUGUUGCCUUGGUGCUUCAGCUAACGCUUUCCGAUGCUAUGCACAACUCGGAACCUGCUGAAAAUUUGCCAUAUUAUGCUUACGUUACUUUUGUUAACGCACAAAUGGAAUUUUAUGGCGGUGGUGCAUUAAUUUCAGGAAUUCAUGUUUUAACUUGCGGUGCAAAUGUUCAAGGUUUUACUAUGUGGAGAGUUAGUGUGGGAUCGAACAGAAGAAGUCAGCAUCAAAAUUUUAUAACGACCCAAGCUGUCGCACAUCCAAAUUAUGCUGAAGCUAACAAUGUUCGAAUGAACGACAUUGGAAUAAUAACUCUCUUGCAGCCAGUGGUAUUUUCAGCAUCAAUCUUUCCUAUUGCAUUAGGGCCAGUGUUUGGUGAUGAAGAACCGUCACCGAUGUUAAAUAUCCAAUCAUUAAUUAUGGGAUUUGCUGGUAAUUUAACUGCUGGUACGCAAGGAUUAGAGAACUUAACACAAGGUCAUGUGAGAACGACCGAUGUAGCAACAUGUGUGGCUUUGUAUCCAGCGUCAGAUUUAAUUCAACAUUUCUGUGCUGAAGAUCGAAGCGUGGGCAGCAAUUUUUGUCUUGGCGAUCAAGGAGGUCCAGUAACGACAAUGGCAAGAGGUCGUGAAAUUAUGGUCGGUAUUCAAUCGCUGCCUGGCUGUACAAUAAGACCGAGCUUAUACAUUAGAGUCAGUUCUUAUCGUGAAUGGAUCCGUAGUGAGACUGGAGUAUAGAAACUUGAAGUAUUCCUCUCAACCCCAGCGGAAUUAAUUAAUCGACAUUUCGUUAUCGACAAUAUUGGAAUGUUUCGGAUUUUUAAAAUAAAAAAUAUUUUGUAUAGAAAAGCGUGAUUUAUGAUAAGAAAAUAAAAUAGAUUGAAAU